UGAAUCUCGUCAGAUAGUGUAACGUCACGAUGACGCGGUCAUGGAACGCGCAGCAGAAAUUGGAAAAUGGCUGCCACCGUGUUUGUGGUGCUUGUAACCCUCUUUGCUUGUACUAUGGGAAAUUGAAGCAAAGUUCCAGGUGCCAUGGAAAUGCAGAAAAAGCAGCAGACUCCUGAGCAGGAUGCUCUGGAGCACAUAGUCUCCUGCAGGGACAAACCCUUUCUGGAGGAAAGGCUUAUAGAUUCUUUCAAAGGGAGAGGUGUGUUUACCCAACAAGCCAUUGAACCAUCCACAUUUGUUGUUGAAUAUCGUGGAAAAAUCUCUCAUCUCAAAACCAGGAAGUCCAGAAGAAAACAUGAAGAUACGCUUAACAAUUACUUGUAUGAAUUUUCUUGGAAAGGAACACAUUGGUGCAUUGAUGCUUCAAAAGAGGAUAAGACCCUUGGAAGAAUUGUGAAUGAUGAUCACAUAAAUCCCAACUGUGAAAUGAAGAAACUUGAACUUGAGGGGACUCCACACUUGUGCCUGUUUGCUCUGAGAGAAAUAUCUCUAGGCGAGGAAAUAACAUUCAACUACGGGACCUCUUCUUACCCAUGGCGCUCAAGGCUUGUGGCAGCUUCAUGCUCUGACGAAGAAGAACUUGGUGAUCCAAAGUCUAAACGUGUCUCAGAUGGGAACUAUGAACCUGAACAGGCUGCUUCGAGCUCAGAUGAACAUGGUUCAGAUGGUGACUAUAAACCAGAAGAGGCAGCGUCAAGCUCAGACGUACAUGACUCAGAUAAUGAUUCUGAUAACAAAGACACAGAAAAGCCCAUAGCUGUACAUCAGUCCAGGAGAAAUUAUUGUUACGUUUGUGGAAAAGGUAUGAGUAAAAUUUCCCGUCAUCUUGUAAGGCAUGCUGAUGAGGAGCCUGACAUCGCAAAGGUUUUGGCAUUACCCAAAAAUUCAAAGGAACGGAAAAUGUUGCUGAACGACUUAAGGAACAGGGGAGACUACAAGCAUAACCAAAAAGUGUUGAAGACCAACUGUGGAGUUUUAAAAGCAAAAAGACAGAGAAGAACCCAAACAGUGAAUGGCGAAACCCAUACACACUGUCAGUAUUGCAAAGGCUUCAUCAGCCGUAGACUCAUGUCGAAUCACUUCUCCAGAUGCCCCAAUAUCACAGCAAACAAGGCAAACAUCCUUCAUGAGUCCGAUGUUGCAGAAUCAUCAUUGUCUAAAACACCUCUUUCUGAUAUGCAGAAGAUUAUUUUAAGCUUGCCAAGUGAUGAGACGUCGUUUAUGGUUAAACAUGAUGCAGUUCUUAUACUGCUGACACAGUCUCUGUCAGACAAGUAUGAUGGAUGUCAAGAGAAACACGAGGACAUCAAACAGACACUGAGACAAAUGGGGAAAUUCUUGUUGGCGCUGCACGGAAGAUCAAUAUUUAGCUUUAAAGAUGCUCUAAAACCCCAAAACUUCAGCAAGAUUGUUGAGACUGUCAAAAGCAUCGCUGGAUUCAAUGAGAAAAAGGGGAGAUAUAAAAAAACAGGUGUUGCAAUAACAUUAGGACAAACACUAAAAGAUAUUGCUAACGUUGUUGUCAGUAAAGCUGAAGCGGAAGCUGAUGCUGAUGAGGAGAUGGUGCGAGACACAAAGACAUUCAUUAAAUUGUGUGAAGAAGAAUGGAAAAAUUUGUCCUUUGACAAAAAGGAGAAUCUGUUGAGUCCACCGAAAGUAAAUCGCCCAUCUACGAUACCAUUUACACAGGAUGUGCAGGCUUUGUACAAGUGCCUUGAAACAACCUCAGCAUCUGCCAUUGAUACAGUGAAAAAGUACGAAAGCCCACAAGUCUACACUGCACUUUGCAGAGUGAUAGUGGCACAGGUGUUCAUUUUAAAUAAAGGUGCAUGUGAGGUUUCAAAAAUGACAUUGGAGUCAUUCCAGAAGAGGGAAGACGCUGCUCAAGUGCUCUCCAAGCACUUUGUCCAAAUAAAUAUGCCAAGCAAGACUGGAAGAAAUGUUCCUGUGUUGUUGACUUCUAAACUUGUUGAUGCAUUAAACCUGCUUUUGAGCAAGAGAAUGACAUGUGGCGUGCACAAAGACAAUGGUUUUGUGUUUGCAAAGCCUGAUGGUUCUCCUUCAAGCUUCCUAAGUGGGAGACCUUGCAUCAAGAUGUUUAUUAAUUUGUGUCAUGCAAAGAACCCAGAGUACCUCUUCUUAGCAAAAUUUCAAAAGCGCAUCACAAGAGUUUUCCAGAUUCUUAAUCUAGAAAGUGAUGAGCUGGAGCACCUUGCUAAGCUUUUGGGCCGUGACAUCUGCACUGAGAAGAGCUAUUACCGGCAGCCAGAGGCAGCUGUGGAGCUGGCAAAAAUCGCUCAACUGCUGUUGGCAAUGGAAGAAGGUUCCCUGGAAAGAUUUAAAGGAAACUUUCUGAAUGACAUCGAGAUAGCAGACCAACUAGAACCUGAUGAAAAGGCCAGCUCUAAAAGUGAUGAUGGUGCAGAAAAUGAAAGAUGUGGUCUUUUUCCUCAGUGGCAGGAUGUGGAUUAUCCGCACUGUGAACUGACCCCUGAACAGGAUGCCCUCAAGCACAUCGAGGCUUGUAAAGACAAACCUUUUUUGGAGGGAUUAUUUAUUGACCACUUUAAAGGGAGAGGUGUAUUCACCCAUGAAUCCAUUGAACCGUCUACAUUUGUUCUUGAGUAUCGGGGGAACGUUUCUUCUCAAACAACGCAGGAAAACAACGAUGGUGAUACUCUGAACAAUUACUUGUUUAACUUUUCCUUUAAUGGGAGCAACUGGUGCAUCGAUGCCUCAACAGAUGAUGGGACUCUCGGGAGGCUGGUGAACGAUGAACACAAGAGUCCCAACUGUGAAAUGAGAAAGGUUACCCAUGAGGGGAAGCCACACUUGUGUUUGUUUGCACUGAAGAAAAUCUUUGCCGGGGAAGAGAUUACUUACAACUACGGGGACUCCGCCUAUCCGUGGCGUUCAGCGGAAUCCAGUAAGAAACAUGACGUGAGAAUUACUGCUGCAACCUCCCCAGGAAAGGAAGGGAUUGACAACUAUAGUUCCGCAGAAUCGUGCUGUGAUGGCCCUGAUGAUGACCCAGGGAGUGAUGACGAUUGUACAAGCAACAACCAAAGCAAUCUCAAGGAUGACUCCAUUGUUGCAAAGUCGCAGGUUUCUGGAGAGCAGUCAGUUGAUGACUCAUCUGUCCAGCUUGAGCCUGAGGGCCAUCCAUUUGAGAACCAUUCAUACACCAGGAGAAAUUAUUGUUACGUUUGUGGAAAAGCUAUGAGCAAACUAUCUCGUCACCUUUUCACCCAUAAAAAAGAAGAUGCAGAAAUUGCUGCAGUGUUUGCGUUACCCCGUUGUUCCAAAGAACGAAAAAUUCAGCUGGGGAAGUUAAGAAGCAGAGGAAACUGGAAACAUAAUCAGGAGGUUUUGAAGGCUCAGCACGGAGAACUGAAGAUAAGCAAAAGAUCAAAUGCAACCGCUGACGGUAAAACACUUACACCCUGCUUAUUCUGUAAAGUUAUCUAUAGCCGCUUAGAGAUGUGGCGACAUCUAAAGAAGUGUCCUCUGAGGGUGCUCUCGAGUCCGUCAACCAGCAAUAGAGUCCUAAAUUGGGUUUCUGCUACAGUGAUAGAUUCUCAAGAACUGUCACCGACUGUGAAGGAGAUGGCAAAAACUCUGAAGGGAGACGUGACAGGAUCUGUAGUUUUAACAGAUUCGUACUUGUUGCAUCUAGCAGAAUAUUUGUGCAACAACAUUAGGAUCAAAACAAGUACAUUUCAGUAUAUCAAAAGUAGGCUGAGACAAAUGGGAAGGCUUCUGUUAUUGCUAAGGAUGAAGUCUGUACGUAGCUUUGAGGAUGCUAUGAAACCCCAAAACUUCAGCAAAGUUGUUGAAGCGGUUGGAGAGUUGACUGGUUCCAGCGCAGACUCUGAGUCCUUUGAUCAACUGAGGGCUCCCACGUUGGUAAAGUCACUCAAGCUAAUGGGGAAUAUUAAAUAUGUUCGGGCUCUGAAGGAAGAUGCUGGUGAGGAGACGGUCCGGGAAGCAGAGGCUUUUAUGGCACUUUGUGAAAAAGAAUGGAAGCCUCUGCCCCCACCUGAAAUUAAAAUACAUAAUGCAAAAACCAAACCUUUCAUACAUGAUGUGCAGCUUCUAUACCAGCUGGUGGAAAAGACGGCAGACUCUGGAGUUCAAAGCCUGACCCUGUAUGAAACCCCACAGGUCUAUAAUGCGCUUUCUAGAGUCACACUCGCGCAGGUUUCAGUCUUAAACAAAAACCUGAUGGACAUUUCAACGGUGACACUCAAGUCUUUCAAUCAGCAGCAGGACUCUGAGCUUCGUGCAGACGCUGCUGGUUCCUCGUCACCGUUGGAACAAAUUCUGUGCAAACGCUUCGUGAAGAUUCAACUAAAGAGCAGAAGAGGCAAAAAGGUUCCUGUCACGUUGACCCCUAAAAUGCUCAGCGCGAUAACGCUGCUUGUGAAGAAGAGGGAAGCGUGUGGUGUGCAUAAAAGUAACUCCUUCUUGUUUGCCAGACCUGGAGCCACAGCUUCCAGCUUCUACCGUGGCCAAACCUGCAUCGCCACGUUGGUGUCUUGGAGCGGUGCCAAGAGCCUGUCGCACCUCAAGUCUCGCUUUUUUCGUAAGCACUUGGCGAGAAUUUUUCAAAUUCUGAGCCUCUCAAAAGACGAGCUUGGUCAGCUGUCCAACCUGCUGGGCUGCGACAUCUGCACGGACACGGACUAUUACCAGAAGCCAGAGGCGGCUGUGGACAUCGCAAAGAUCCUACAGCUAAUCUCAUCCAUGGAAAAGGGAACGAUUGAAGAAUUCACAGGAAAGUCCCUCGAUGAACUUGAACUUGAAGAUGAGUUGCAGCCUGAGAUGGAGCAGAGCGGUCCAGAAAGCAGCGACAGUGAAGACGACGCCGCAGAAGCUGAAAGUUCCCUCCAGUCGAGUAAUAUUACAAGUAAGACCAGCAUCUCUCAAAACGAGGCCACUACGUCCAAAGGUUUGUCUGUGAGGAAGCGCGGGCAAGGGAGGAAAAGUAAGCAGGAGAGUGGAAGUGAGAGUUCUGAGCUGGGAGAUGAGAACGAUGACGAGGGGAACACAGAGGACAAGCCUGUGAAACCUCCUGAAGAAGCAGCUUGUAGUAAAGACGAUGCAACAAAUGUCUGGUUUAGCGACGAUGAUGAGGACAUGAAUGUGGACUUUGACAUAGACAUAGACACAGAUGACGACGUCAGAAAUGAAGAACACGAUGGAGACGACCUUUCAAAACCCGUGAUCACAGACAUGGGGGAAACCAAAAACCAGACCAGGGACACCAGUGAGGGUUUGGAGGAUGGCGGCUCCUCUGCUGAGCAUUGUCCAGAUCUGGCAGAGGUGAUGGACACUGACCCAGAGGAUCUCAUGGAUGAGGAAGACGAGACAGGAGUGGAUCAAACUGACUGGAUGGAUGAGAAAAACAGUAAAUCUCCAGAGGUCUUAAACACAGUUUUAGAAAAAAACAAAUCAUCAGCUGCAGUGUCUGAGAUGAAAGAAGUGAAGAUACUAAUUCCAAAACUGCAGAUUGAGAACGUUGCAGAUCCAAUCCACGUUUCCCAGUUGUCGUCCUUGUUCAGGAAGUGGCCGGUGAAGGACCAAGUUGUUCUGCACAACAACAGAACACGUAAAGCCUCCACAUCCAAAGACACGAAGAAAAAGCCUGACAACGUGAAGGACUUAGAAAUGAGCUGUUCCCACUGUAAAAGCAGCAUGACCAAGGGACAGACGGCGUUCCAAAAGAAGGGUUUCACAGACGUCUUCUGCUCCAAAAACUGCCUGUUUGAAAUGUUCCCCAUGAACAAGCCAGCAACCAAGACCUGCCACUACUGCCUCAAGGCGGUGACACAGAUGUUGGAGCUGGUCAUGGCUGUAGUGGACACUAAGGGGACCAUUAAAGACUUCUGCAGCGUGUUGUGCUUGACCUCUUUCAAGUCGAGCACCGUGUCCACCCUGAAAGCCCAGCCACUCUGCAGCAUGUGCAGCAAAGCCUGCACUAUCACACAUGAGCUGAACAUCAAUGAGACCGUCCACAAGUUUUGCAGCAGCUCCUGCUUGGAAGGUUUUCGUCAGAACUGCAUCGCUGUCUGUACGAACUGCAACUCCCCCUGCCUCAAGGAAGUCAAGCUGAAGCUGGGAGAUGACGCCAAAUCCAUGUGCAGUCAGAGAUGUGUGAGAGAAUUCAAAGAGAAUAUCCAGACGCCCCAUCCGUGCAGCAGGUGCCUCACUCCAGCUCCGAUGUCAAGCAUGACCGUGUACAAAAGCAGCGAGGACACAGUGGAGCUCGCCUGUGCUCGUCCCUGCGUGACAUCUGACCAGCAGUCCCACCCCGCAGUGUUCUCCAAAACCUGUUACAACUGCUUUGAGAUCAUAAGCCGGCCUCAGAACGUCAUCUUGGCUCCAGUGGAUGAAUCGGGAGCAAUGAGGGAAUUGUGCAGCGAGACUUGUCUCGCGUCUGUUAAAUUCAAGAGGAACACGGCCCCAAAAGCCCUGACACCACGACCAGUAGGACCUCGCUCAGAAUGCAGGAUGUGUGUCAGAUAUGGUCAUUGCAAGUUCAAGGUGACCCUGGAAGGCACGGCUUAUAAUCUGUGCAGCGACAGUUGUCUGGUCAACUACUACAAAGUCAACAACCUGCCUCUGCUGACCUGUGACCUGUGUAGCUCCUUCAACUUUGAGAAACGACUGGUGUUGAACCUGGAGAACGGCAGCAAAAACAUCUGCAGUGAAAAAUGUCUGGUCAAGUUCAAAGAGAAGGUCCAGACUCCUCAGCUCUGCUGGACGUGUCAGACGCUCCAUCAGAUGUCAGACAUGGUGGAGAAGGAGGAUGAAAAGGGCUGCUUGAACUUCUUCUGCAGCUACAGAUGUAUGAUGGUGUACAAAGCUCCCCGCCUCACUGAGCCAGAGGAGAGCAAACCUGCUCCUCAAGACGACGACGUUAAAGAAGUGAAACCUCCGCUGCCACGUUUAGACUGUUCAAAGGUCAAAGAAGAACCUGAUGAUGACGACUACAAACAGGAUGUCCUGCCCUCGUUACCCACGCAGGGUAUUAAGGACGAGCCAACUGUGGCAAAGAUCGGUUCAGUGUUGUCCUUGAAGGGAGAACCUGCUCCUGAAGCCCCCACUCUUCCUCACAUGGACGCGCCUGCAUUAUGCUCCAGCUGUAAAAAGGUUCUCGUGAACGGAGAGACGGUUUACCAGAAGAAAAGCCAGUCGGAAAUCUUCUGCUCCACCUCCUGCCUGUUCAGAUUCUACCAAAUGACGAAAAUGAAGACCUGCCACUUCUGUCUUCAGGUGAUCACACAGCCUCAGGACGUGGUCCAGGUCCAGCUGGACGGUGAUGGGACAGUGAAGGACUUCUGCAGCCGCGCCUGUCUCUCCUCCUUCAACUAUAAGACGUUUGUGUCCACCAAAGUCCCCCUUGUGGCCGUCGGGUCACACUCCAUGUGCAGCAUCUGCGGCCGAUACUGCAUCAGCAAACACGAGGUCUUGCAGCAGGACAUUGUCCACAAGAUGUGCAGUGAUCCCUGUUUCAGACGUUUCAGCAACCUGAGGAAAGUGACCGUGUGUACAAACUGUCAGUCUCAGAGCAGCACAUGCCUGAAACUGACUCUGGAAGACGGCAACAAAGCCCUGUGCCCUGAGUGUGUGGCCCAGUUCAAACAGACACAGCAGCCGUGCUCCGUCUGCCACUCCUCUAAACCAGUGGCCCAAAUGUUUGAAAGCAGAACCAGUGACAACACGGUGCAGCUGUUCUGCAGCAGCAGUUGUGUGGCGGCUUCAAAGGCUCAAAGUGCAUCAGCUGCAGCCGAGUCGUCUCCCGUCAUCACCGGCGUCGUGUCUCUUGCUGCUGCGUUGGCUGAACGUCUCCGCUCCUCCAGCUCUGCACAACAAGGUUCCGUCCCAGACGUUCAAACGAAGGUCGUUGGACAUGCCUGUGUCCAGACAGCUCCCAGGGAGGUGAAGAACAAAUCCACGCUCUGCACACCGCUGGUGCACAACAAGGGAGUCUGUUGUACAACACAGAGCGUCGACACAGAAGCACAAACUGAAACCUUCACCCCCACCGUCGUGGUGCUGCCUUUUCCAGUGCCGGUGUACGUUCCACUGCCCAUGAACAUGUACAGCCAGUACACGCCGCAGCCUGUGGGCCUUCCCCUGCCGCUGCCUGUGCCCGUGUUCCUCCCUGUGGCACCAAGUGGCUCAGAGCCGACAACCACGACUGAGGAAAUCAAGCCGGAGCCUGAACAGAGUAAGAGGAACGGAGGAGACGAUGGUCAGAAGGACCAACAAAAAGAUGCUCAGACUCAGACUGACCAACCCAGCUGCGGUCAUGGUGUGACUAAAGAAACUCUGGACACCUCCAUCAUCCAGGAGGUCUCCUCCUCCAACACCAGCCUCAGGUCACAUGAUGGAGCACACGCCCACAAGAACCCUCUAGGUUCAGACCUGCCCAGUGCGUCUCAACCUGAGCUCCAUCCCCAGAGCUCCCAGAGCCCUGCUGUCUGUCUGGGUCUGAAGGAGGUCCACAACCAGAAGAAGGCUCCAAAGGUGCAGCUGUUGUCUGAGGCAGCAGAAGAGGACGCGGCUCCAAAAGGCGUUUCAACAAGCUCGUCAAGGAAACAUCAGAAGCAUCACAGACUGAAGUGUCACCGUGGAAUCGAUGCCUGGAAGAGAUGGGUUCAGUGGAGGCGGUCCCAAAGCGCUGGGAGGCGUCGGUCUAACGCCGUAACCCUAAAGGAGAACAUUCUGGACUGCUCCGCGUCUGAACUGAACGACGGCCUCUGUUGCUUCAUCAGUGAGGUGAAACGACCCGAUGGAGAACAGUACUCCACCAGCAGCCUGUUCUACCUCUGCCUCGCCAUCCAACAGCACCUGUUUCAGAACGGGCGCACGGAGAACAUAUUCAGUGACCUGAUCUACAAUCAGUUCUCCACAAAGUUCACAGAGAUCCUGAAGCGCUUCCAACCUGCAGUCAGAGCCGGUGGUUCCAUCCAGUCCCGUGUGGAGGAGGAGUUUCUGUGGGAAUGUAAGCAGCUGGGGGCCUAUUCUCCCAUCAUCCUCCUCAACACGCUGCUCUUCUUCUGCUCUAAGUACUUUGGCUUCAGCACAGUGGAGCAGCACCGCCAGCUGUCCUUCGCCCACGUCAUGCGCUGCAGCAGAACAGGGAAGGACAACACCAAGGUCACGUUCCUGCUCUUCAAAGCCCCUGGAACCGAGAACCAGGCAGAGUCAGAUGCUGACGGUGUCCCGGCUAAAAAGAGGAAGAAGAAUGAGGCUGAAGGUAAAAAGCUGAAGAUGAUGGAGAAUCCAGAGAACCCUCUCCGCUGCCCAGUCAAGCUCUAUGAGUUCUACCUCUCCAAGUGCUCAGAGUCAGUGAGGCAGCGCAGCGACAUGUUCUACCUCCACCCAGACUGCUCCUGCGUCCCCAGCAGCCCGCUGUGGUUCUCCUCCGCCCCUCUGGAUGGGAGAGUCAUGGAGGCCAUGCUCGUACGGACGCUCAGCGUCCGAGAGGUGCAGUGCCGACAGAGAAGAGCUUUGGGCCAGACAUCGGGUUACUGAUGAGCAGGAAGCAGGAGUUUAAACCCUAAAGUCUGGAUCACGACCGUGUUCUGCUGUAAACGCCAACAGAUCAAUACACUCACUAAUAAGUCAGUCCAUCAAACCACAAAGGAUGAAAAUCCUGAGUCAUGUUUUCAGAAAUGUUGCCUUCUGUUGUUUUUUUCAGCAGGCGUCACUUUUCGUUUCCAGAACAUUUUUGUGUGAAACAGUUUGACUACAGAAACUGAGAGCAUGUUUGUUUCUAUCCCUCAACCACAUUAUGAGGGAGUGGGAUCUUUAUUUUGAUUAAAUAUAAAUCACAAGUAUUUUUUUCUUUUGCUUUUUAUUGCUUGUUAUACAUGUGUAAAGUAAACCGAGCCUUGAACAUAUUAUACAUCAUCAUUUACAAUGAAUAAUUUUAUUCAAAGCAAAGUAGAUUUGAAUGCUCUUGUUAUGGUUCAAUUACAAAAACACACAUUUGAAUCCUCCAGGUCACAAACACUGAGACUGUUUACUUUGAUAUUAAAAUUUAUUUUAAAACCAAAAGAUGUGUUCAGAGUCACGUGGGUUGGUUGUUGGUAAAAAGAGUUAUUCAGUUAUUCUUAAAACCUGUGUGGACAAAAGUAUCAGUAAGUUCUUAUUAUAUUUGUACUUUACAGCUGUAACGCUGCUCCUCAUUUUGACCUGAGUUUGAAA